CUCGGAAUCACCACCUCGAUUCUUAACGGACGUUAUUGCUGUAAACCUGCAACGGAUGGAUUGACUCAACAGAGCGCCUUAAUGAUUCCACAUUCAUAUGGUGGAACCAAUUGCCCCUCGACACAGGUCGGAAAAUCAAAUUGACUUCAUCACCAUAGAAAGCGACUAGUUAUGGCGAGGACCACGACGGGGGCUACAACCUGUGCUGCAGCCGCCGCUCUCGAGAACGAUCACCCGAAUUUAUUCUCGGGCAAGUAUCAGGGGAAAUAAGCGAGCCAGAACUGGUCCGCAAUGCGCCACUGAGACUGAACCGUAGAGUCAGCCGUCGUCAGCUCGCUCUGACUCGGAAGAGGAAGACAUCCCAGCGCAGUGCCCGAGCCCUUGGCUAAGGCUUCAGGGAAUCUACAAGGUGGCACCCCUCCCAUGGUAAUCAGCGGAAAAGGGCUGAAUGGCAUCGAAGGAGGCCACCGACCUGCAGCGAACUCUCGGUGAGAAGGGGCAAGCAGGAGUUAAGGAGGCUAUUAAGCGCGUGAAACUGAAGGUACUUGUACAUAGCAUGAGCGAAGACAAGGUAGCCCUGGGUAAGCUGAUCGUUGAGCGGCCUGAGGUAGGCGUGUGCCGUGUAUGCUAGGUAAGGUAGACGUCGGUUUCAAAAGCUCCCUAGCUUCGGUUAUGUGCAUA